ACGAUUAUGAUGAGUUAUUCGCAGUUUGUUGACACUUGCUCUUGCUCAGCAAUUCCUUGAGCAAGAUCAAAUUGUUUUUGCCUUGAGGAUCAUGAAACAGGACUGAAUGAUGUAUUUUAAAUGUUUUGCGUAACGAUUCAUGCGCUUCGUGCUACAACUGUUAGGCUCAGUACUCAGUCAUCUAGUCAUGUCUUACUUUUAAAUAGCCGUUUGUUUGUUAAAUAAAUCUGCAGUCCUCAGAUAAUUUUGUGAUAGCACACUGAGGAAAUUUAUCUGCUGUGUAAAUAAAAACAAAAUGAAGCCAAGGCAACACACACUCGAACCUGCGGGCACUGCAGAAGUGCUACGAGCUGCCCAACGAGAUGAGCUAAUGGUUGAAAGAAUACAUCAUGAGGCCUCAGAUUUACUCUUAAAAGCCGCAGGCAAUCGUGUUUGGAUGAAAUACCACAGUUCGGUACCGGUAAUAGCAAAAGUAUUAUACUCUGCUGUUACUACUCUUUCUGAUAUUCAGACACUUGGAGAGGAAUAUACUGGUAUACUUCAAGUUAACCAUAGGAUGAGAAAGCUACCAUCAACAAAGCGAAGACUCUUAGCAUUAAUGCUGGAAUGUUUUGGGGAAAUUAUAUGUGAAAACAUAAUUAAAGCUCUGAAGCGCCGUCUUCUUGCACCUUCAGAUCUUACUAUUGAUGCUAGAGCAUCUCUUUUAGAGGCUCUCAGCACUUUAAAAAGCAUUCUGGUCUUCAUUACCCGACUCCAUAAAGGAGUUUUCUAUUGGGGAGGAGAAUAUUUCCUCUUGUCAAAGCGACUUGCUGGAAUUCGUUAUGUCUUGGUCAGACGAUGGCUAAAAGAUCACUCAACAUUACAAGGGUUCCAAUUGUUAAGCACUGUAACACUACUGCAGCUAAUGUUGUAUACGUCAAUAACAAUUGUCAAAUGGGCACAAACAAUUCCUGCUACAAUGCCCAAAUUAAGAAGUUCCUUGACUACAGGAAAUGAACUUGAGGAAGAUGGACCACCGAAGAGUGAUAGUGUGCUAACUUAUUACCGAUGCUCGUUAUGUUUGGAGGCCCGUACUCAAGAUACAGCAACACCUUGUGGCCAUGUGUUCUGUUGGACUUGUAUUUCAGGAUGGCUGCAAACUAGAGCACAGUGUCCGCUGUGCCGAGAUUUUGUAGAGAUAUCCCGACUAAUCCCCAUUCAAAAUAUGAUUAACCAAGCAAGGUCGUAGACUGAAUAUUUUUCUUAUUUUUGUUAAGUUAGAAAACUCUGGAGUAAAGUCCAUUUUAAUUGGGAAACUAUAACUCAAUAAACGCAUUGUUACCUUCAA